AUGCUCGGCCCCAGCGAAGCGCUUGCGCGCUCGUACGCCAGAGCGAGAAAGAAGAUGGAGCAGGUUGAUUUAGCAAAGGAGCGCGAGUUCUACAGGUACUAUCCGCAGCACACGCGAUCGAAUCCCGUCAGCCGCCAGCCCUCGCCCGCGCCCGUGCCAGCACCUGCCGAACGCUUGAAAUCACGACCGUCUACUCCUCCGCCAUCUUUACCAGAAGACGAUGUUCCGCAUCCGUCUGACGAUAGGGCUUUGACUGCCUUUGCACAGCUGGGCGCACUCCGUCUAAACACGCGGCGAUGUCUGAUCUCGUUCUUCGACCGGAAGAACUGCUUUAUCCUUGCUGAGGCCACACGAUCGCUUUCUCUACAAAGUGGGCAAGCAGAGUUCGGGGAGGACGCGUUGUGCUGGGGCAGCACCAUAUUCUCAAAGGAAAAGAGCAUAUGCUAUUACACGGUCAACCUGGUUCCAGUAGAGUACACUCUGCCCGUCGAAAGCUACGCCAACGUCCCCUCCCUGGUUGUCAACGACUUGAGCAAGGAUGACCGAUUCAAGCACUAUCCGUUCGUUGUGGGUCCUCCUUACUCCCGGUUUUAUGCCGGUGUGCCUAUCCGAAGCCCAAGUGGCCAUAGCAUUGGCACAUACUGCGUUCUGGACGACAAGCCGCGGAAUGGUCUGUCCCCACACGAAAUGAACUUUCUCAAGGACAUGGGCGCCACCGUCAUGCGCCAUCUGGAGAUGACAAGAGCUACCGAAGAUCAACGCAGAGGCAAGAUCAUGGUCAAAAGCCUGGGAUCAUUCGCUGAGGGCAAGAGUGGGCUAGAAGAGUGGUGGUGGGAUCAGGAGCAAGAACAGCCAUUAUCUGCGGGAACACCAGGAGCGCCCUCACAACGCCAACGUCCUGCAGCUCUUUCGAAUGCUUCUCAACAUUCUCCCAUGUUUGAGCGAAACGAUAGUGCCGCUUCGAGUGUCGUGACCGUGCGGAGCCCGACCUCGAGUGUUCAGCCUCCCAGUACGGCUAUGACUCCAACCUCGGAUGCUAUUCCCGAAGUCCGGCCUUCUGAAGUGGCAUUUAGGACGUCAUCCAACAAGGACGACCAGACGAACAGAGUUGCGCCCGAAAUCAAAGCGGCCUUCACCCGAGCCGCAAACAUGAUCGUGGAAGCGACUGAGGCAGACGGUGCCGCGUUCUUCGAUGCCAAGAUUAGUACAUUCGGUGGACUGGUUGACGAUGACUUUGUGUCAGAGCAACUGCCGGAACCCGAUAAACCCUGCAUUCUUCUAGGUGCGGCUCUCAGCAAGUACGGCAGAGACUCUGCAUCAGCAUCUGAUACCGAGUACGCGAUGUCUGAAAGCGUUUUGCGCCAUCUUCUUCGGUCGUACGCGCAUGGCCAGAUUUUCAAUUUCGACGACAAUGCCUCUAAUUCGCCCAUAAACUCCCCAUCCGCCAGUAGUGAGCAGGAAACUUCCGAUGGGUUUCCCUUCACGGCAUCGCGCAGGUCCGAGUCAACCCGCAGUUUAGACGAUGAGAAUUUCUUGAGAAGCGCUUUCCCAAAGGCCAAGAGUUUGGUCCUAUAUCCGUUAUGGGACCCUCAUCGCGAUCGAUGGUUUGCCAGUGCCGUGAUUUGGAGUUCUGAUCCCAUGCGCGUGUUCACCAGCGAACAAGAGCUCAGUUAUUUGGCGGCCUUCAGCAACUCUGUCAUGGCAGAGGUUGCUCGGCUUGACACAAAACUGGCAGACGCUGCAAAGGCUGAUUUCAUUUCCUCCAUCAGUCACGAGCUUCGAUCUCCACUUCACGGCAUCCUUGGAAUGACUGAUCUUCUCAAAGAUUCUCCCAUUGACAACCAGCAAACUUCUCACGUCGCAACAAUAGAAACGUGUGGAAAGACUCUGCUUGAAACGAUCAACCAUGUACUCGACUUCGCCAAGAUCAACAACCUAACUCGAGGUUCUGCAAAGCGGCAAAAGAAACGUUCACAUGGCGCCAAGCAGAUGAUUAGCCCCGGCCAGGGUCAUACAAACGAUAUCAUGACACUGAUCAACGACGUCGACAUGAGUGUUCUGACGGAGGAUGUGGUCGAGAGCGUCUUCGCAGGCUACACUUACGCAAAGACAUCGGCUCAGGCUUACGACGCGAUUCCGUCAAAAUCAAACGUACCUCCCAUUUCACUUGUACUCGACAUCAAUCGCAGCGACAACUACGUUUUCCGAACCCAACCAGGCGCAUGGCGACGCGUCAUCAUGAACCUCUUUGGGAACAGUUUGAAGUACUCACCUGCAGGCUAUAUUAAGGUUAAGCUCGAGGUAAAGCGCAAGUCGAAGUCUACUGAUGGAUGCUGCGAAUUCCGAUUUACGGUGACUGACUCUGGCAUUGGAAUGUCUGAAGACUACGUCAACAACAGACUCUUCCACUCGUUUGCACAGGAAAACCCUCUAAGUCAAGGUACCGGUCUCGGUCUAAGCAUCGUGAAACAAAUCGUCGAGUCUCUUGGCGGUGAAGUGGAGGUUAGAAGCGAAAAGGGACGAGGUACCAAGAUUACAGUCAGCUGCCCGUUGAAAGAGUCGGUUAUGUCCCCCACGUUCUGCGCCACCGGUCCUGAGAAAGAGAAGGAGCGACAUCUACAAGAUAUCAGUAAACGCACAAAAGGCAUGAGAGUGCGCUUUAUUGGUUUUGAAGAGACAGGCGAAUACUUCGUCAAAGAUCUCAAGAAUCAGACAGCGGCCAAACUUUCACUAAAGGCUCUCCAUAGUCUCUGUGCUGAUUGGUUCGGAAUGGAAAUUUGCGGUGGCACUAAAGGUCCAGCACCAGCAGAGCCGGAUCUUAUCGUUGCCACGGAAUCUGUUGCUGCAGAAUUGCGCGAGCGACACAGCCAGAAUCCGGACAAGGCCUGCGCGACGCCAGUUAUCGUUAUUUGUCAGGGAGCAGCCUCCGCACAAUCAGCCAUGGCUAUGACAGUGCCGGGAAUUAUUUUCGAAUGUAUUGGCCAGCCCGUUGGGCCUCACAAGAUGGCAAAGGCCCUGUCAUCCUGUCUCGAUCGAUACGCCAACCCGCCAAUGAUUGUGGAUACCACAACAGACCCAUCCCUCCAAGAAGUAUCAAGUUUGAAUCUUAAAGAGAACACCCUACCUCAUCGACUUAUGGCUAUGUCUGAUGUUGAUCCGUCUCGGCCGCUCUUGACCUCGGUGAGUAGUGCUCCUGAGAUACGGUCGACUACUCCAGUCCCUAUCAGGAAGUCGAUGUACUCCAAGCCUAGUCGGUCAUUGAACUGCCUUGCUGUCGACGAUAACCCCAUCAAUCUCCGGCUUCUCCGUACUUUUGUCGACAAGUUAGGUCAUCGCCACGUACUUGCCGCGAACGGUUUGGAAGCGCUGGAAGAAUACAAAGCCGUCCAGACGCCACCACUAACCACUGCUUCUCUCAAUCAUCCCACCAACGCAGCCUCUCGUAUCGACGUCGUACUCAUGGAUAUCAACAUGCCCGUCAUGGACGGCCUCGAAGCAACGCGCCAGAUCCGCGCUCACGAGAUCAGAAACGGACUGCCCAAGACCACCAUCAUCGCAUUGACGGGUGUCGCCGACGCGGACAUCCAGCAAGAAGCCAGCGCGAGCGGGAUUAACCUGUUCCUCAUCAAACCAGUCCGACUAGCCGAUCUGGAAGCUGUGCUCAAGGGCGUCAUUGUCGGCCAGGACAAGACAACCCUGGAGUUUCAACAGGAGAAAGAGCGAGCCGAGACCGUGGGACGCAGUGUGACGCUUGACAGUGUCGACGAGAUGAAGAGCCCCAUGGGCGUCGACAUACAGAAAUCGUGCAUUGAGAACGAUCAGGUCAGGAAACAGGUCAGGAUUGCGGGCUCGUAA